UAAAAAAACGGUUGUUCCGGGUGAAGGGGCUGGAGGCGCCAUGUCGGGCCGGGAAGGUGGCAAGAAGAAGCCCCUGAAACAGCCCAAGAAGCAGGCCAAGGAGAUGGACGAGGAAGAUAAGGCUUUCAAGCAGAAACAGAAGGAGGAACAGAAGAAACUCGAGGAGCUAAAAGCCAAGACCGCGGGGAAAGGCCCCCUGGCCACAGGUGGAAUUAAGAAAUCUGGCAAAAAGUAAGCUGUUCCUCACAUCUGAGGUGAUGGUGACCCUCCUCUUCCAUUCCUAUUUAAACAUCUGGAUUCCCUGCCAUAAAUAACAUCUUUGCCACUACAGCUAAAAUGAAGUGUUAUCCUGUAAUCUGUCCAACAUCUGGAUCCCCUGUCAUAACAUCUUUGCCACCUAAUAGCUAGAAUGAAGUGCUAUCCUGGAGCCUGUUGUUGUACAUUGUAAUAAACUUUUGUAUAAAAAAACAAAACAAUGAAUAAAGUGAAUGAAUAAUGCAAAAAAAAACAA